AUGGAGCGCGCAUGCGCAGCGGCAGCCCCACCGGCUCCUGAGGCGAGGAUGUGGCGCGGGAAGGGGCGGGCGCUGCUCGCGUUUGGGCUCGGCGUGGCUUUUGAGGCGCUGGCCUGGUGGCUACUGAGGUGGCGCCGGCGGCGACUGGGGACGUCGUCGUCGCCGGUGCGCGAGGUGCUUUUCUUCCCGUCGCGCGUGACCUGCGUCGAGGGGCUGCUGGCGGAGGAGGAGGCCGCGGCCGCCCGCCGCGCCCCGUGCGCGUGCCCGCUGCCCCACGGCGAGAGCGCGCUCAGCCGCCUCCUGGCCCGCGUGCUGUCGGCGCGGCGCUCGCUCGACCUCUGCCUCUUCGCCUUCUCCAGCCCGCAGCUCCGCCGGGCCGUCGUCCUCUUGCACCGGCGGGGCGUCCGCGUCCGCGUCGUCACCGACGCCGACUACAUGGCCCUCAGGGGCUCCCAGAUCGGGCCCCUCCGGAUGGCCGGAAUUCAGGUACGUCAUGAUCAGGAAACUGGCUACAUGCACCAUAAAUUUGCCAUCAUUGACAAAAAGAUGCUAAUCACUGGCUCUUUGAACUGGACCACUCAAGCAAUCCAGAACAACAGAGAGAAUCUGCUGAUAGUGGAGGACAGAGACUGCGUGAAUAUUUUUGUAGCAGAAUUUGAAAAGAUUUGGGAGAACUACAAUCCAGUUAAUUAUAUUUUUUUCCCCCAAAAAGAAAAACAAGUAUUGAAAAAGAAUAAAACUUAAGAAAUGGCAAUUUAACAGCAGUAAAUACUUUAGUUCAAAGAGUGAUGUUCAAAGUUUGGUUCAGAUGCUCAUGCUAUUUGAGAAUGGCAGUCUUUUUUUAACAAUAACCAAGUAACAAAAGUAAAGAAUUGUACACUACUAUGUUGUCAGUGGGUUUCCCCCCCUGAGAAAUAGUGAU